GGGGUUUCCAGGACGGUUAUUCAAAUGAUGUUUUGUUCACUCAGAUCUCAUCCAUCCUUGCUGCUUGACCCUCAGCUGGCGGGCGUAUUUAUAGAGGACGAGUGGAGACUUGGGGACUGAUUCUCCUUCUUAUUCAAGCCUCGGUCUUUUUCAGCAUGGCCACUAGACCGGAUAAUAGGCGGCGAAGCUCGAGUAUCACUCAAGCAUUGAGACGAGUUCCAUUGAACCAGCAAGGAGACAAACCCCUCACACCGACCAAUGAAGAAGUCAAGCCUCUUCCAGCGGGAAAACCCCGUCGAAAGGCAGGGUCUUCGUCCUUCAGUUAUGCCUCGAAAGGAUUCUGGAACGAUAUCAAGACUGGCAGAUGGAUGCUUGUACCGGCCUCCUCGUUCAAAAUCCUUGCAGCCGAAUUUGCACUAUGGGCAGCUAUCGAAGUCAUGUUGACUCGAUUGGACACAACCUCAAAGACACCUUUCAACCCUUUGUCAUUCAUCCGUUCACAUCCUUCUGGACACCAUUGGAACCCAUUCUCGUACUUGAACUUGGAUGCUCAACACACAUACCCCAACCCCAUGUCAUACUUCCUCUUCCCGCAAGGACUCUUGCCAAACGGAAUGGCUAGAAAAUCAUGGGCAGACUUUGUCUUCGUGGCUCAGCACAUCAUCACUUGGUCUUUCGUCCGUCAAUUCUGGUGUGUCCUCAUCUUGCCAGUCAUUGCAAAGGCAUUGCGGGUCAAGCGGUCAAAGAUCAUGCGAUUCACAGAGCAGGGAUACGCUAUCGUAUAUUUCGGCAUCAUGGGAACCAUAGGAGUAUACGUCAUGAAGGGUCUUCCGACGUAUUGGUACCAGACUGAACAUUUUUGGCUCGAAUACCCACACAAAUCAAUGACCUAUGAGUUAAAGGCGUACUACCUGCUGCAGGCCGCUUACUGGGUCCAACAACUGCUCUUGCUGGUGGCCCGUAUCGAAAAGCCCCGAAAGGACUUCAAAGAGCUCGUUGCACAUCACAUUGUCACACUAUGGCUCAUCGGCUGGUCUUACACUAUCUACCUAACGCAUAUCGGUAACGCCAUUUAUGUCACUAUGGACGUCAGCGAUAUUUUCUUAGCGCUUGCGAAGUGUACAAACUAUGUCAACGAGACCGCGUCUAUACCGGUAUUUGCAUUCUUCGUCUUGGUUUGGACGUAUUUCCGACACUACCUCAACAUCAAAAUACUCUGGUCGGUAUACAGUCAAUUCCAUCUCAUCCCUGCAAGCGAGAGACAGGUGUUUGAUCCUCUCAACGACAAAUGGAUGCCUCCCUGGAUGAAAUGGCAAAUCUUCACGCCUAUUCUUCUGCUCCAAUUCAUCAAUCUAUUCUGGUACUUCCUCAUCCUGCGUAUCCUCGCCCGGUGAGCACUGACGCAUGACACGCAGUGCCGUCUUUUCCGACACGGUCAAGGAUGAGCGAUCCGACGAUGAAGAUGACGAGAUUGAGGAGCCUUCGUCAAAGUCUGUCAAGAGACAGAAGGCCGAGUGAGGCGAGUGGCGGUGUGACAAGGGAAGGUCGGGAAGGGGGGGGGACCUGUCUGGUUGGUGCACACGUCUAGCACAGAAGUAGAGAUGGUGUUUCGUUAAUUUCCCGGCCUGGAUAUUCGCUAUUGCUUAGCUCCAGGUCCAUCCUCUAAUAAUAGUCUACUCGACUAUCUCCUCUCCCACUUCAUAUGCAUGACACCCUUAGGGGCUCCUAUUCCGAUGCUGCAG